UCGAUUUCGAUACGACGGUGUACGGUUUUUCGUUUAUAUAGUUUGUGUGGGUUUAGGAAUAAUUUGUAACACAAAGUAAAUAUAAUCCCAGUAAAACCAUGGCUUACCUGACGCAGCCCGAUUACGUAAAGUACAAGUGCUCCUGCGGUCAACUGAAGCCUAUCACUAGUCUUUACUUCUGCCGACACUGCUUGAAAAUACGCUGCGGAUUCUGCAUUUGUCAUGAGGUUGACUCCCAUUACUGCGCAUACUGCCUAGAAAACAUGCCAUCAUCCGAAGCCCGUCUGAAGAAAAACCGAUGCAGCAGCUGCUUCGACUGCCCAAGCUGUUUCCACACGCUCUCCACCCGUGCUACCUUAGCCCAGCCUCGACAGGACCCGGCAGCAGGGGCGGGAGGAGAUGGGAAAGUGGGGGAUGGGAAGCAGGCGAAGAGGGUGUAUUAUCUGUCCUGUUUUAAUUGUCGGUGGACAGCUAGGGAUGUAGGGAUUCCAGAUCAACCUGUAGCAUCAGGUGGAUGGCCGGAGCGCACCAGCCCGCACGCGACUCGAGUCAACCAACUCCUGGACUAUUACAAGGCUGUGCUGCAGCAAGAAAAGCAGGAGAAGAUAGAGAAGGAGAGGAAGAAGUUCGCCGUGAGAGGGAAAUACAUCACGCUCACUGACAAAACAGGCCUAACGGGGGCCAUGGCUCGCAGCAUCGCAGGUCUACCUCCAGCUGAAGGUUCCAGUCUCGCCCUAGCCGGGUUCACCCCUGCUGUCGCCAGUGAAGAAGUUGAUGAACUACCAGAAGACGCCUUUACUAAGGAAGUCAACUUGAAUCAAAUAACCAGCAUGCCACAACGCCUGGCGGCCCCGGAGUGGCAGCCCACGCAAGUGUCCCGGCUGCACCCCAUCGCCAAACUCCUCAGUGUGAAGCGCUCCCAACGGUGCCGGGCCUGUGACCACAACCUUACCAAGCCCGAGUACAAUCCUGGAUCUAUCAAGUUCAAAAUCGAACUGCUGGCAUACUACCACGUGCCCGAAGUGAAGAUAAUCUCCUGCGAGAUGGUCCGGCCGGGGGGCAAGUCCACGCUGCUGCUGAAGCUGGCCAACCCCACCCCCCACGAGAUGACCUUGAAGCUGCUGCAGCCUUCGGAGGUCCCUAUCGAAGAGGAAAAGGAGAAGGUGGAUAAGGACACCAGCCUGGAGAAGAGUUUGGAUAAGAGUCUGAAAAUUGAGAAGCAAGAACCAAGCUGGAACCCCAGAGAACCUCCCACAGUACUGACUCAAAUCACACCGCCAGGUGUGACGCUCACGCUCGCGCCCAGAGAUGACGCAGCCGAAUAUGAUGAUGACGCACGACAUGAACCCAGCCACAUAAUCCUCUGGCGCAAGUCCAACAAGUUGGCGCUGCGCCUGGAGCUGUCGACGGCCUUGUCCGCCGCGGAAGGCGCGCCCGCGCGGGCCGCGCUGGCGCUGCAGUACUCGUACCGCAACACGGUGCCGCAGCCCGGCGCGCCGCCCGACCGCGACCACGCGCUGCGCGCCACGCUGCUGCUGGACCUGGGCACGGUGGGGGCGGCUGGACUUUAAACGUCGUGUGGUGAUAUCGCGGUUUUGAUUGCAGCGCCAUCUCGUUUUUGACGAAUAGGUCUAGGAUCACUAAAUUUGGCAGCAACUGCAAAAAACAAAAUUUUCAAUUCUCGUGCUCGUAAAUACAGAUGUGAAAGUUGCGGAAAGUUUCCAAAAGUUAAGAAAGUUUUCGGAAAUUUCUUGAAAUUUUCACAGAAAUAUAAGAAAUUUCCAUUUUAUGUUUCGGAAACUUUCAAUUCCCAUACAAAAUAAUAAGAAGUUUCCGGAACUUUCCAAUGUGGAAAAUUUCGCAAUUAUGGAAAGUUUCCUUCGGGACAUCAGUACUCGUAAAAUUGACAACAGCGCCAUUAGUCGUUUAGUUUGAUAAACAUAUUUGAUUACAACGCCACCUGUCGCUUAGUUUGACAUAUGGUCUGGCUAGACAAACUUAGCAGUAAAAGAAAAUACUACGCGUUAUUGGAGCAGUAGUAGCUUUAGAAAACAUGAUUAUUUAUGCUUCCAACGGCGAUCCUUUGCUAAACUAUAGUAGCUGGCUAGCCCGCCAAGAUACUAAUAACAAAUUAACUGACUAUCGAUUAACCUUAUGUAUUUGCAAUAAGGCUUACGAACUGACAACCUCAGUGAAUCAUACGUUAGGUUAGUCGAUCCAUCUAUGUAAAUCUCGAAUAACGCAAAUUGUCACAUCACAUCUAUUUUUUUUCUGGCAGCAGUUUUUUAUACUUUGAUAGGUAUAUGUAGAAUCUAAACUCGUUUAUUUUGGACUUAACAAUAUGAAAUAUAACUAUAUAAUCAAUACUCAUUGGAGUUAUAAGAGAUUAUUGAUUAAUCAUAGAAUAGUUGUAUACACUCGCGUGCAAUGAAACAAUCCAUUAACAUGUUUGGUUUCUUCGUCAAUAACUUUUACAAUUUUCAUGCAAAGCUGAAAAAAAUAGUUACAUUAUUUUUUCAGUUGUUAAACCGGAAACCAAUGAAAGUUUGGUAUAUUUAAUAGAUUACAUUAUUAGCUUACAUUUGAUACCAUUUUCUUGAAGAAGAAACAUGUGAAGUGAUUCCGUUUCUUUACACGUGAGUUUAUAUUCUACUCAGGCAGGCCAAAUAUGUCAGUAGAAAUAGACGAGAAAUUCGAAAUUUGUAUUGGCUAUCGAUUCUUCGCGCCUUUAUAUUUCAAAUAUGGCCCCUUUCCUACUGACAAAACUGGCUUGCCGGAGUAUCAUUACAGACUAAUAAAAAAAAUAGGAUUCAUCGUAAAAUUAUUAUCAUACCCCAGAUUUUUGAUGAUUAUGUAUAUUUAUAACUUUAAAAUAUUUACAAAACUAUGAAUUAAAAAUAGUAGUAAGCGCCAAAUGUGCGUAGAAAUGUUAAAAUAGUUUUUGUUACACUUUUUACCAAUUUUUUGGCAAGUAUAAAACAUUCCGGCACCCUAAAAUCUGGGGUAUGAUUAUUAUAUUAUGUACUACCUAGGAUAGUUUGUACUGUUUGUAGUAUAUCAAAGCUCAACUAUUAACAAAUCGUGUGCCUCUAAAUGUAUAUAUAUGCUUGUUAACUAAAUGAAAUUACUCACGAAAUUCCGUUUACGACAAAAGCUAAGUGUACGAGAGAAUCUAGUUCUUACAUUAUUUAUUUUUAUAGGUUAUAAUAUAAAAAGAUAUUUUUAAGUUUCAACGUGUUAUCAUAACUUUUGAUGUGAAAGUUGCAAAAAGUUUCCCCAAAAGUCUAUCAAAAGUCAGGAAAGAUGUUGGAUUUUCUGAAAUUGGAAGGAAUUCAAGAAAGUGUUUAUUUUAGAUAUUUAACCAUAGGAAAUUAGUUAGUAAAAGUUAAGAUCAUCCUAUGUAAAAAGUUUUACAAUUCAUUUAUUCGUAAAAGAAGUUGGCAGAUAAUAAUUAUAUAACUAUGUUAUAUGAACAGUUUGUGAUAACACAUUUAUAUUCAGCUUAACAGAUCUCGUAACCAUUGACAUAUAUCUAAGGAUGAGCCUUACGGGCACGAAGAUGCUAGUUCAGUAGUGUCACUCACAAAUUCGAGCUAAUGCGAACUCAUCGACCAAUCGUGUUGUGGCGUUAGACUGCACGAUUUGCUCAAAUUUGUGUGUGUGACACCGCUGUUCUGGCCCCAUUCUUAUUGCCCGUAAGGCCCAUCCUUAGAUAUGUCAACGCUCGUAACAUAUUGUUUUUGCUAGUUGAAGCAAGUACUUAAGUGCAAUAUGCAAUCUAUUUUUAUUACACAGCAUAUUGUAAUCAAUAUAUGUAUAGCUUUAUAAAAUUUUAUAUGCACAUAAAUACAGACAACAUUGUACCAGUUAACUGUAACCAAAUAAAAUGUUUUGCAUCUGAAACAAA